AUGCUUAAUGCUCGACUCAAUUUCAAGCAACAAGUCGAACAUGUGACUGCCAAAGCACCAAUAGUUAGAACGAGCCUAGCGCGACUGAUGCCUAACGUUGGUGGACCAAAGCAGAGCAGAAGACUACUGCUGUCAUCAGUAGUAACAUCCGUGCUCACAUAUGGCGAAUCCAUUUGGACUGACACAUUAGAGACGCAAGAAUCAUGGAGAAAAGCGGAUCCAAUUCAUAGACAGAGCGCCCUGAGAGUUGCCAGUGCCUUCCGCACAAUAUCAGAAGAAGUAGUCUGCGCCAUUGCCGGAACCCUACCUCUACGAGUACUAAAAGAGGAAAGACGGGCCCUUUACCAACGAAAAAGGUCAUCUGCACUGAGCUCUGAAGAACUUAGAAUUGAAGAACUGCAAAACAGCAUAGGCUGA